AUGGCUUCCACCACCGGCCCGCUGAAGAGAGCGACCCGGGAGGUUUUGGCCGUGCUGCGGAACCGAACUGGCUUCCGAGGCAUUCAUCGUCUCAGUGCUCUGCAGAUUAAAGCACCCCCUACCGCACCAACAGCAAACAAAAGCUCUGUCCAAGGGUUGACAGACAUUCCACUUAUUUCCAAAACUGUGGAUCAGUGCCUGGAGGAGAUAACCCACCGUUAUCCUGAGCGAGAAGCUUUGGUGUUUCUUAAAGAUGGGGUUCGGAAGACUUUUGCCCAGUUUAGACAAGAUGUACUGCAGGCAGCAGCAGGGCUUCUGGCUCUUGGCUUGAAAAAAGGCGACCGACUAGGAAUGUGGGGUCCCAACAAAUAUGAAUGGUCCCUAAUGCAAUUUGCCACAGCCCACGCAGGAAUCAUCCUGGUUUCCGUGAACCCAGCAUAUCAACCCAAUGAACUGGAUUUUGUCCUGAAAAAGGUUGGCUGCAAAGCACUGGUGUUUCCCACACAAUUUAAAACACAGAAAUACUAUGAGCUCUUGAAGCAAGUUUGCCCGGAGCUGGGGCAGUCUAGCCCUGGAGCACUAAAAAGCAAAAACCUACCGGAGCUUUCUGUCGUCAUCACCCUGGACUCCAAGCUGCCUGGCGCAUUCCAGAUAGCCGAUGUGAUGCAGGCUGGAGACAGCAGCCACGAGAAGCAGCUGCAGGACAUCCGAAAGACGCUGGCCUACCAAGAGCCCAUCAACAUCCAGUUCACUUCAGGGACAACAGGGAGCCCCAAAGGGGCCACACUCUCACACCACAACAUUGUGAACAAUGCAUACCUGAUUGGUAUGAGGCUGGGAGUUGAUACUGAGCAAGCCCGUUGUUGUGUUCCUGUUCCUCUUUACCACUGCCUGGGCUCUGUGAUAGGCUGCAUGGUGAUGGCAAUUCAUGGUGCCUCUCUUAUCUUCCCGUCUUUAAGCUUUGAGUCUAAAGCUUCGCUGAAGGCACUGGGGCAGGAGAAAUGCACCCACAUAUAUGGCACUCCAACCAUGUUCAUAGAUAUGCUAGGACAGCCCGACUUUGACACCUAUGAUGUCUCAAGUGUUCGGGGAGGAAUCAUUGCAGGGUCACCAGCACCUCCUGAAAUUCUUAAGAAGAUCAUAACGAAAAUGAACAUGCAGGAGAUGGUGGUUGGUUAUGGAACUACAGAGAACAGCCCCGUCACCUUCAUGGGGUUUCCACAAGACAAUAUUAGGCGGAAAACAGAAACUGUGGGAUGUAUUUUACCCCACACAGAGGCAAAGAUUGAAGAUUCUGAAACAGGGGAAAUCCUCCCACUAAACACCCCAGGAGAACUUCAGAUUCGAGGCUACUGUGUCAUGUUGGGAUACUGGGGAGAUGUCAACACUACUAAUGCAGUGAUUGAUGAUGAGAAAUGGUACCAGACUGGGGACAUUGCUAUUCUUGACGAGUAUGGCUACUGCAAGAUUGUAGGCCGUUGCAAAGACAUGAUUAUCCGAGGAGGGGAGAACAUAUACCCAGCAGAGCUUGAACAGUUUCUACACACCCACCCUAAGAUUCAGGAGGUGCAGGUGGUAGGCGUGAAAGAUGAGCGAAUGGGAGAAGAGAUCUGUGCCUCCAUCAGAGUGAAACAUGGAGAGGAGUGUACAGCAGAAGAAGUCAAAGCAUUUUGCAAAGGGAAGAUUGCUCAUUUCAAGAUCCCUCGGUACAUUGUGUUUGUGAAGGAUUUUCCACUCACUGUCUCAGGCAAGAUUCAGAAAUACAAACUGAGACAGCGGAUGGAGAAGCACCUUCUGCUUUGAACAGCAGAGACAUCCCAAAUAAACACCAGAUGAACAAGUCUGUUGCCAACUCUAUUUACAUUUGAGCAAGGCACUGUUAGAAAGCUGCCAUUACCAGCCUGCUUUGAGAUGCACUAGUCUAAAUGCAGCCAAGCAACAUCUGCUGAAA